AGAUCACCCCUUAGGGGCCAUGAACAAACGAUAUGGGCACUUUAUUUAUAAAUUCAAAAUAAGCCCUCCUGAAAACUUGAAGCUCCUCACCUCCCUUCUAAAACUUCCACGUGUUUUGUAAGUUGCCCAAAACCAUUAAAAUAUUAAGGGAGCGUUCUUGCAUUACGUAACAAAACAUUUAUAUUUUUAGACCCCCUCCACCCCCUGGAAAUACAUUUCCGAUACACUUUUUUUGUAUAAAUCCUCGAACCCUCCUCCCUCCCCCUUGAUAUUACGCCGUUACGUAAUGCAUGGACGUCCCGUUACAUGGAUAGAGGACGGGAGAGGGGGGGGGGUUGUCCUUCGUGAUAAUGGAAUAAUACAAAAAAAAAUAUUUUGAAAACCCUUCGGAAAACUUCGUUAAUCGUACUGCAACUGUGAAAGCAGAAUAGGGGGUGGGGGGGGGGGUCUAACAUGGGCGGGCCAAUCAAUUCACAUGUCCUUGUACUGUCUAUUAAUGUCUUAUAAUCAAAUCUUAACCUACAGUUGUUCAGCCUAACAAAAACUAUGAUUUAUUUUGAAACUAUAAUUUCGUGACGUUGCAACGCAACGAAAAACCCUGUUUUCAAAAACAGAGCGUUGCAACGUCACGAAAUGUAAGCGGUCUUCAAAAAUCGAGGUUUAAUUUUUUCGAAAAACUAAUGAUUGCAUUCGAUUUGUUGGCCAAUUUUACACUAAAAAUGGAAGAAGAACUCCAAAUUUGCCGUUUAACAGAGCAGAGUUAAUGGCGAAACAUGAAUUGGGUCAGGAUUGAGAAAAAGUCACGCGUUGCAACGUCACGCUACAUAUUCCCUUCUCAAAAAUAGAAUAUUCGCUUAAAAUAAUGUUUCAACAUUGUUUCUUAUAGGAAAUUUGAUGUACUUUCCGAAUCUGUAAUAACAUAUGUACCUUUUCAAUGUAAUUUUUGAGUUACAGCCGAAAUACUGAAAAAAGAAAAGUCAAAGCGUUGCAACGUCACGGCGGAAUGUGUCAUUUAUAUUGUAUGAUUGAAUUAACCAUCCAAUCAUUUUUUGACUGAUUAUUUAACUUCAGCAAGUCGAAAUAAUGUAAGUUAAAGGAUCUUUACUAAAAUAUAGCGAAGAACUGCCAUUUUCGAGCAAAAAUUAGGACAACGAAAUCCAAACUUUUCCAAAAAUGGACCCCUGUCAAUUUAACCUUCAAAAAUGAAGAAAACUGAGUAAUUCAAGCAAAAGUUUCUCUAAAACAUACAAUAAAUGCUUGUUGUUUUCCACCCUAAACGCAUAUUUUUCAAUUAUGAGUAUAAAUAUAGCUGUUUUCAUGUUAAGAGUACCAAAAAUGCUGAAGCCGUAAGAAUUUAUAAUUAAUCAAAACUAUAGUUAAUUGUACUUAACUGAAGCAUCAUAAUUGCAGUUUGAAAUGAUAUUUUAUAAUAAUUAAUCAAUAAAAAAAAACAUUUUUUUUAAAUAAACAUGCGUGGUUUUAUCAGCAACUGUAAACAAAUCUAAUGUUUAGUUUCGGUCAACCAUUUAUGUAAUUAAUAUGGAAAAAUUUGCAUCAAGAUUACUUUUUUUAUUAUUUUUAUGUUUGCAGUGGUUUUUGAAUCGUUAUCUCUGAUUUUUUCAGAAAUAAAUGUGUUUAAAUAUCUGUAAGGUUUUUUUGCUGUUUAAAGCUAAAUUUGUUAACAAAACAUAUUUGUUUAUGAUGAAAAGUGAGCAAAAUCCAUCUUUUAUUCAGUAUAUCUAUCAUUAGACCUACACCAUGCAUCAAAACAUCAAAUAUCGGUUAAAUUUGAUAUAAAAAUAACAGUUUGCCUAUAGUGGACCCGGGUCCACAAUCGGAUUAUGGACCCGGGUCCACUAUAGGAAAAGGGGGUCCAUAACAGGCAAAAAAAAAAAUUUUUUCAAAUGACUAUUUUUCUGCUCAAAAACAAGUAACUGAUGAAACAAAUAGUCAAAAUUGUUCAAAAGACUUCAGAUUUAAUUGUUUUGUACAAAAGGUUAUGAAAAAGUGCUUAAAAUAUUGAAAAUUUGUGAAAAAUGUGCUUCAGCUCUACUAGGGGGUCCACUAAUGGUUAAAAUACCCUACCAGAUUAUUACCAACAACAGUUUUACAAUACUUGUGAUUGUUAUAAGUCUCGGUUUUUUGCCAACAUUAUUUUAAAUUGAUUCCAACCUUGUUCUUGCAUGAUCUUCCCACUCUAACUUUUGGGGGGGGAGCGGGCGAUUAUCGGGCAUCGCCAGUGCCAGUUAAGACGCUUAAGCAAAGACACGCAUCUUAAAAAUUUAAAUUUUUGUGUUGCUCACUCACACCAAUACAUUCGCGCUCGCCUGCACGCACACUGCCUCAAUUAUCGUAACGCGCAAACUGUCAAACAUUUUGGUCUGCUUUCGACAAAGGUUCAAAAAUAGUUUGAUGGCUAGCGCGUUUUUUUUUUUUCGUUUUACAUUAUUAAAGUGAAAUUGAAGGUUUUGUUUAUUCCCCCAGAUUGUGGAACAACCCCCGGGGCGGCUUUGCUGCUUCCUCCUCCGCCACCUCUUCCAAGCGCCGCACCGCUUGCAUCCCCGAAGACCCAAACGGCCACCGUGGCCCUGGCCAAACCAAGGAGGAAGAAUGGUUCGUCCUCCAGGGCACGGUCAUCAAGGAGGAUCCAGCGCGGAUGGCUGCCAAAGGAGGAUGAUAAGCAGAGGACCGAUUGCUGCACCGACAACAGUGGCGCUCUAUCCGGAUAGCGCUUCCGCAAAUGGUUCUACCGUGGUGCGAAUUCGUAAAAACAGUCAAGCGAGUGAACUUUCUCCCUUCGGCAACAGUCGCUUCCCCCAGCAGCAGAAGAAACGUCCAGUACGGCGUUCAAGUGCCUGGUCGCCAGUGGCCCAAAACCAUGCCAGCAACUAUCUGCUGGCCCAGCUGCUCAACAAGAACCAGCAAAGCGAGAUCUUGCGCCGCAUGAAGAACGCCGAGGCCGACACAAACCAACUGCAACAGCAGCUGGCAAGUCAACAGCUGCGUAUUCCGAUCCCGCAAGAGCUGCAGUUCCACAUCCAGAGCAACACACAGAACGUGCUGCUGCAAGACCAGCGCAGGAUGCUGUACGAGUAGGCCGUCGAACCGAAUGCUGCCAAUUUAUCCAGUCCUUUUGUCGGUGCAGAUCCAAACGACCGCCGGAGCAAACAAAUUUACCGCGCCGUCGGCUGCUAACCCAAUGUUCCCCGGCGUAUCAACCGCGGCCGAGCUGUCCAAUUCGCUGCAGCAGAGGAUGCAUCUCUUGCAACCCCUGGGACGUCAUGCCGCCGGAGCCGGCCGUGGUCCGUCACCUAAAACCUCAACUGACCUGCUUAGAGUGCUGCCCAGUUGUUCCUUUUUGUCCUUUUUUGUAGUGUUUAUUGUUCUGUUCACAUUUCUCAUUCGUUAACUAACCCCCCCCCCCCCCCCC